AUGGACUCAGAAACUGACACACAAACGUUACACUUCGAACACAACAUACCGCAAAUUCGACAGCGUUUUUCUUGGGACUGUGGUGUCGCCUGCGUGCUGAUGGUGUUAGGAGAAAAACAACGACAGUAUUUUUUGGACAAUUUUUCAAGAAUAUUACGAGAAGAAGGCAUAAGCCGGUGCACUUGGACUAUAGAUCUGUGUUAUUUGUUGAAACGAUUCGAUGUAACUCAUUGCAUAUACACUGUCAGAUGCGACGUGAAUCCCAGCUAUAAAAAGAUUCAUACACAGGUUUUAAAUCGAGUACGCAAGAAAUUUCAGGACUCCGUAAAAAAUGGCCUGAGACUGAAACAAAAAGUGCUAUCAAUGCAACAAAUAGCACAACACGUCAUCAAUUUUGGUCCAGCGAUUUUGCUAGUUGACAUUGGUUUGCUCACGUGUAACGUCUGCAAAAGUCACACGCUCUCCUCUGAAUUAAGGCUAAUAUUCGGAGGCUCGUACAGAGGGCACUACAUCUGCGUGACGGGCGUGUCGGGUAACAAGGCGUUGUACCGCGACCCCGCGCGCGCGCACUCGCUCUGCUGCGUUGCCCUGCAUCGCCUGCAACUGGCGCGGACGCCGCUCACCGACUAUGAUGUUAUACUCGUGAAUUGCACAUGAGGAAAUGUGUUAUUUGUUGUCCCACAAAAUUUAAAAUUGUAUGUAGUUUUAUGUACAGAAGUGAAAAUAAUCUUUCUCCAGCAGGACACAUUGAAUUUUUUAUAUAUGUCUUUCGAGCGAUAUGUUUUGUGAAACAUAUCGUCUUUCUGUCCAUCCU